AUGUGCAUGGCGCUCGUACCUAAGCAUCUACGGCACAACAAGCUUGGUGCCAAGGCGGUGUGGGCCGUGCACUUGGGCAUGGCUCAAAACAGCAAGGGGUGGCUUCUCUGUGACCCAUUCACCAAGAAGUUCUUGUUCCGGCUGGAGCACGUGGAGCUGCCUUUGGAGCUGAGCAGCGGCAGCACCACCACAAGGCAAUCUUCCCUUGUGAAUGGGAAAGAGGAGGCCAAUGAUGCAGAGGAAGAAGAGGAGGAGGUGCAGCAAGUGAGCGAGCGUGCACCGACACUCCCUUCCCGCACUACGAGCGCUCCACGGAACCGCACCACACCGCAGCAGCGCCAAGGCCUUCAAGUCCCUGCAGCUGAGGAAGGAAGGGUGAAGAGGAAAGUCCAACCCCCUAAGAGGCUGACAUAUGAUGCGCCGGGAGAGCCGGGCAAGACGGCCCUGGCCGGAGCGGCAAUGAUGGUCGGAGACGACGAGGAGAGUGACUACGAAGAGUGUGCCUUCGCAUUCUUCUCUCCGGUGGAGAUGCCGGGAGAACCAGCAACUCUCAAGGAGGCCUUGGAGAGUGAUGAUGCUGAGGAGUGGAAGAAGGCAAUGGAGAGUGAGCUGAAGAGCAUCGAGGAGAAUGACGCAUUUGAGUUGGUGGAGCUACCGGAGGGGCGUACGGCGAUUACGUCCAAGUGGCUCUUCAAGAUCGAGCGCUACAAGUCUAGGCUGGUGGCCAAGGGGUACCAGCAGAAGGAGAAUGUGGACUACAAGGAGCUGUUUGCUCCUAUGGUGAAGCCGACGACGCUGCGAACCCUACUCGCGGGAGCCGCGAUCAAAGGUUGGGUGGUGAAGCAGCUAGACAUCGUAACGGCGUUCCUCAACGGAAUCCUCGAGGAGGAGAUUUUCAUGGCGCAGCCAGAGGGGUUUGAUGACGGCAGCGGCAGAGUGUGGAAGCUGAAGAAGGCCCUCUAUGGGCUGAAGCAGGCCCCUAGGCAGUGGUACCUGAAGCUGCGCGAAGUGUUGGAGGAGAUCGGCUUCACUCCCUCAACGGCCGAUCACUCCUUGUUCAUGCUUGGCGAGGGGGAGCAGAGGAGCUUCAUGGUGGUCUAUGUGGAUGACAUCCUCAUCUUCUCGCCCUCCUCUGACCUUGUGAAGGAGGUGAUGCUGAAGCUUCAAGACAAGUUCAAGUGCAAGUCCCUAGGACGUGAACUUUUACCGUGGGCUCCACAUCGAACGAGAUGUGGAGAAGCGGUGCAUGCGGGUGCACCAACGGAAUGUGUGAAGGGACCAGAGGAGGAGAGCGUGGGUGAAGAAGAGAGGCGCCGUUUUCACUCGUUGGUGGGCAGCCUCAUGUACGCGGCAGUCAACACACGACCGGAUGUCGCGUUUGCUACCGGGCAGCUGGCAAGGGUUGUGCAAUGCCCUAAUGAGGAGCAGGUAGCAGCUGGAAUGAGGGUGGCCAAGUAUCUUAGCUAA